AGUGGCUAAAUGUGAUAUUUAUACCAUAAUUUCAGCACUCAACUAUCCAACGAAGGAUACAUCAACACUGAGAUAUUCUAUUAAGACUUCAAACACAUAAAAAGGUUGAGAGUUGGAAAGAAAAAUAUUGUCGGCUGCCUUACAAAAUUUAUAUAGAAACAUAUCUCCUCACUUAUUGAGUUGGAACUACACUGAAGGUCCUGGUAAUUGGUACACCAAAUACGAGUAUUGACUAUGAGUCAGCUGAGUAAAGUGGAUUCUGCUUUCCGUAGUGUUAUUGUCCUAAAGUUCUUUAAAAAUGGAUGGGGAACACCAGAGAAUCUCAAAAAGAUAUUUGAUUUUCGCAAGAAAAUUUCAAACAGAGAAACUUGUAAAUACAUGGUGAACAUGUCGCUGGACCAGGUCACCAUUGACAAGGAGGAAGAGAAAAAAAGCUGGAAAACCAUUGAAGGCCACUUUACCUCUCCAUUUCAAAGGCACUUGCCUGGAGUUAUGCCUGAAGAAGUCCAAACAGCCAGAUUCAAAAUGAUUCUCCCUAAGAAAUGGCAAACAGGACAAUACAAGCCUGUAUGUUUACACCUUGCUGGUACAGGUGAUCAUGGCUUCAGAACCAGAGAAGACAAGAUGGCAAUGCCACUGCUACAGAAAGGGAUUGCCUCCAUCCUGUUGGAAAACCCUUUUUAUGGUACAAGGAAACCAAAGAAACAAACCCGAUCGUUCCUGUUACAUGUCAAUGAUCUAUUCGUGAUGGGUGCUGGCCUCACCCUUGAGUCUCUUGUUCUCCUCCACUGGUGUGAGAGUAGAGGGUAUGGACCUCUAGGUAUCACAGGGAUCUCCAUGGGAGGACAUAUGGCAUGUUUAGCGGCCACUAACUGGCACAAGCCGUUAGUGUUGGUCCCUUGUUUGUCCUGGACUACAGCUUCUUCAGUCUACACCAGGGGAGUUCUGAGGAAUGGUAUCAGUUGGAAGAAGCUUGAAUCCCAGUACAAAGAUGAAUCAGAGUAUAAAGAAAUGGUUGACCUCCUUUGUACUCCAGACAAGUGGGAUGCAUCAGCUUACUCAGAAGGUCGCAGAGCUGUGUUUGAUUUAGAGAAUCCUGAGGAUCUUAAACGGGGUUACGAAUUGGCAGCAAAUUAUGUGUUAAAUAAUCACUCUGCACAAGGACAAGAAAGUAAACCGUUGAGUAUAGAGGACCAGACAGUUAAUGGUGAAGAUCUAAGUAUCUGGAAGAGAAAAAUUCUACCUGCUGUGUCCUCCAUCAAAACUCCUGAUAUCAACCUGGAGCCAUUUUACCAAGUCAUAAAUGAAAAAUGGAUGGAAAUUGGCAAAAGAGACGAAGCAUCACUUGCCUUUAUGAUUGGUGUCAUGGACGAGUGCACACAUCUUGGACAUUAUACAACACCGGUGGACCAGAACCUUAUUAUAAUAGUGACAGCAAAACAUGAUGGUUACAUUCCCCGUGAUGAAGUGUUAGGCUUGGAUAAGAUCUGGCCUGGUGCUGAGGUUCGCUAUGUAAACGGUGGGCAUGUUGAGGCCUAUGUUCGCCACAAACCAGUAUUCAUACAAGCAAUCACAGAUGCCUUUGAGAGAAGUAAGGAGAAAUAUCACAGUUGAUGAUUUGGUCCGUGUCCGCAGGUGACAGCAAGAGACUGUUAUCAGCCAGCUGGGAAUGGAUGGGGUCAGGACUUUGUACAUUAAACUAUAAGUGCAUUUGAUACCUUGCCAGUAUAAUUGAUAGUACUGAAAUCAUCAAUUUUAUAUUUAUUUUAAAAAAACAAGUGUUUUUUAAUGGUUUUGUAGAUGGCGAAUGCCAUGAAAACUUUGAUGCUUUUGGAAUUUUUUUAUAAUGGAUUUUUUAUGAUUAAGUUGUUGACUACCCCUAGUUGUUGAAUGUCUAUGUACAUAAUGUUGAAUUAUGAUGUAAAAUAUUUUCUGUUGUAAUUAUGCAAAAAAUGUAGAUUAACAAAGCCUGUAAAAGACAAAACCUGUUUUUGGAUCACUGAAACAGAAAACAUCUUCCUUGAACUCUUAUAUGAAAUGACUGGUUUUAUAUAAAUCACUUCUUGCAUUUAUCAUCAUCUCCAUAUAACCUUGUAAAGAAAUGCAAGACUUUUGAAAAAUAUCCACACAUUCAUCCAGAUUUCUACAUGUUUCUGUAGAUAUCUCCUUGACUUGUAGAUGGCACUGCUGUUCUCUGUAUGUAUACUGAACUAUUUCAUUACGAAACACAAUACAAAUGUUGAUGAUGUUAUUUCUGACAAAACCAGUACUGUUUGUUUUACUUUCUCAGGGAAUCUGACAGCUAUUUUUAAUGUAUUGCAAUCAGUUUUUGUGAUAAACAGGUUGCAGGUUAAGCAAAUAUCUAAGUUGUGUAGAUGAUGAUGUGAAAAUAUUGUUGAACUGUCCAGACUGGAUUUAGGUUUAUCAUGUUCCAAUGAUAUUACUACACCUCACUACUGAGAUCAGGGAGAGCACAUACAUGUGUUAGCCUUGUCUGUUUUAUCAUGUAACUAAUGUAUCAUUCUAAAAACAGUGUUUUUUGGAAUUAUAUGGAAAAAAAAAAAGAUGAAUAUAAAGGUAAGCUCUGGGUUCCAAGGUCACCAUUCAGAGAAAUUGUCAACUAAUGCUGUGGCAUCGCUCAUUGACAAGUGACUUAAUUUCCAAAGGAAUUUUAGUCAAACUAUAAGCACAGGUCAUGUAUCAAAAUACCUGUCAUAUGUUAAUGUUUGAGGGUUCCAAGGUCGAGGUUAACAUCAUUUCAUUUUUGUCAAACCAUUCUAUAAAUUUACUUUAAAGGAGUGGAGCAUUCAUGUCUGAUGGAUAUUUUCUGGUUUUGUAAACUGUUUUUUUCUUAAUGGUGAUCAAUUUUAGUGUGUCAUUCUGAGAUUGCCUCUACAGUUUAGAAUAACUGUCCACUGGCAAUGUAACACUUCUACAGUGUAUUACAGGUAUAAGUAUCACUGAAGUAUUGCUGUAUUAAAAUAGGUAAUGUGUGUUAAGUGUAUAAAUGUAUCUGUAUUGAUAUUAUAGAGUAUGUAUGUGUGUUUAGUCUAUAAAUGUUGCUUUAGUACACUGAUAGUAUAUAUGCUGAGUCUAGUCCAGAGUAUUAAACUGUAAAGCAUUGCAGAGUUUUACGUGUUAGUCAGGAUUAUUGCUGCAGAAUCUGCACUGUUUGAAUAUUAGAUAUGAGAACUCUACACUAAGAUAUACCUCAGACAUUGAAUUAUUUAACACCCAAAAUUUGACCUGAUGUGUUUCAAUAUACCUCACGUGUAACCCAGACACAACCCAGGCAUUAUUUUGAUUAAUUCUUUUUAAUGUGAUUAUUUCAUCUUGCCUGCUUUAUAAACCAGGUCAGGAGACGCGUUGUCCACUACUGAUGUCCACUAGUGUGGAUUUCCUCAUGCUGACUGCUGUGUGUUGAGUGUUGAAUUAGUGCUAAUAUUAUACUUAUGUAACAUGAAAAGUAAACAUAGAUAAUACUUGAUGCUUGUACUCUUAAUGAACUCACAUCUAAAGUCAAGGUUCCCUUUUGAGUGAUAACUAAAUAUCAUGUUCUUUCAGGUAUUUUUACAUUGAAAUGUAACUAUCAUUGAUAAGUAUUCAUUAUCACAAGAUACCUGAUUUUUUUCCCAUUUGUAUCAUAAUCCAAACGACAGUGUACAGUUGGCACCAGGUUAUAAUCAGGAAGAUAUAGGAAUGAUGAAAGUGUUGCCAAACAACAUUACUGUAUCAUGUUGAUGUUUCUGUGUAAUCACUAAUCAGUUCCAUAUUGUAAAUUAAUUCAUGGAGUUGUUGGUCACCUAGUUACCUGUACGGGUUUUAUCAUCUUCAACCUCAGCUGUCACGACUUCUAGUUUGGUUAUGGGUGAAUUGGUUUUUAGAUUUACUACAAUCAGGUUAGUGUGUUGUAACUAUUGUUGUUAUUUAUUCAUUAAUACAGGUGAUAUUCAUUUUGUAUUCUAUUUUAACUAUUCUGACUGCAGUCUUGUCCAUUUUCUUUUUCUCUAACAGACAUUGGAAUUCUCCACCCCACACCUUUGUUUUUGUUUUUGUUUUUUUCCCCUCAGUUGCUUACAGUAGCCCAUCAACUACUCAAACAGAUACUGAUCCAACUAUUGUUUUAUGCAAGAGAAACUGUCAUACACAAAUAAAUCCAACAGGAACCACUCCGACCUUAUAUAGACAGGUUAUCAUACACAAAAUGGUCGAACAGGAAAUGGCCCAACUUUUAGUUAGAGAAGCUUUCAAACAUAAGUCACUUUUACAUAGAGGUCUGUUAUACAUGAAUUAGUCAAACAGGAAAUGGUAAUACAUAAAACAUAUGUCAAACAGGAAGUGACCUCACUCUUACAAAAAGGGGAUGUCAUACACAAAUUAUUCAAUAGAAUGUGGUCCUGCUCUGAUAAAGAGAAACAGCUGUACAUGAAUUAGUCAAACAGCAAUUGGUCCUCUUAUAUUGAGAAACUAUUGAGAAACUGUCAUACAUGUUUGUUUUUACCAGUAUUUUGUAGUCAUUUACUGGUAUAAUUUCAUUGUGUUCAAGUCUACAUUUAAAAAUCAAAGUUAGAUAAAGUAUUUGAAUGAAAUGGCUGUGGGUAGCUACAAGUAGAGAUAUGUUUGCAGCAGGGAGAUUACCCAUAAUACACAUUUUGUGUAUAAUCAUGAAGUUUUCUGUAUUUAUUUUUACAAAUCAAUGUUUUGAAUAAGCAUGCUACAUAUCAUAUAAUAAGUGCCAAAAUAUAAGCUAAACAUGUGGAUUUGCUGUAUUGUACUAGUAUUUUGUAGUUGGAGUUAAAAGUACAGUACAGAAAUCUCCACUUAAUGUUUAGUCAUAGUGAAGUGUAUGGCGAUGCUUUAUUGUGUAUAAAGGUAUCAGUAAUCUUCAUAAAUAAUUGGACCUCUUAUUGAUUGAUUUCCAGUAUUUAUUAUAGGAACUAUUUCUUGGUAUUAGAUGUGUUGACUACCUGUAAAGCAAGAUCUCUUAAUGUAGACAUUAAAAUUGACAGUAUGUCUGUAAAUAAGACAAGAGAAAUGCAUCUCAUUUUUCAACAACAUCCUGUAAGUAAUUACAAAAUUUCACAAACCUCUGGUAAAGGCGUCUCUGUAAAAAUUGUGGUUCAUUAGAUAAGAUAACACAGAGAAAAUCUUAUUUCUGAGAAAUUUAGAAAAAGUUUGUUAUAUUGGUAUGAAUUGGUGCAUCUUAACAAGACUUAGCUAGCUUGUUAAUAUUGUGUAUGUUUAUACAGUAACAAUGAAGUCUUCCAACUGAUCCUAAUAGUGCUGUAACAGAGAUGUUCUCAACAAGGACAGGACCAUCAUAGAUAGCUGAUAUUGCAGUUAUGAAUGGUACUCUUUAAACCAACUGGACUUCAUUGUGAAAAUUUAAGUUUUGGCACUUGUAUGUGUAUUGGUUGUUUCUAAAGAUAAUCAACACAUUGUUCAUAUUAUUUGUACACAAACCGUGUGUAUAGAAAUCUUUACUUGUAUUCAUGUAUAAAAUUGAUUAAAUGUACCUAUAUAUACAAAUGAUUAUAUGUACACAUGUAUACAAAUGUUCACACCUACAUGGGUAUUUAAAUGUUAACUGGUACACAUGUAUACAAUGUUUACUGGUACAUAUAUAUACAAUGUUCAUUUGUACGCAUGUAUAUAAAUGUUUACUGGUACACAUGUAUACACUAUUUAUUGAUACACAUGUAUGCAAUGUUUACAGGUAAACAUGUAUACACUGUUUACAAAUACAUAUGUAUACAAUGUUUACUGGUACUCAUGUAUACAAUGUUUACUGGUACACAUGUAUACAAUGUUUAUUUGUACCCAUGUAUACAAUGUUUACUGGUACACAUGUAUACAAUGUUUACUGGUACAAAUGUAUACAAAUGUUUACUUGUACACAUUUACACAAAGAUUUAUUUAUACAUGUGCAUACAAAUGUUUACAAGUACAUGUGUAUACAACUAUCACUUUGUACACAUGUACAUACAUUUGUAUACAAAUGUUUACUUGUACACAUGUUUACAGGUAUUUACAUGUACAUGUGUUUACAUACUUGGAAAUUUGUUAUGUUUUGAUGAUGAGAGAUACUAUAAAAUAUG